AUGAAGAUGGAGGGCUGCCUGUGGAUUAUUCUCUUGGCCUCUGUGGCUCUAACCAACCAACAAGGAGUCCAACUGGUGGGCCGUUCUCACUGCUCUGGGAGAGUGGAGCUGCUUCAUAAGGAGACCAGACACACUGUAUGCAACGCCACAUUUGACCAGCAGGAUGCAGAGGUUGUGUGUCGACAGCUGGACUGUGGGGCUCCUGUAGAGGUGCUGGGAGCAGCUGUAUUUGGAGAGGGAGAGGGCCAGGUGUGGUCAGAGGAGAUCCAGUGUGGAGGCAACGAGACUCAGAUUCAACUCUGCUCCACAUCAUCGAGUGGAACUCACAGCUGCUCUCACACAAAUGAUGUGGGGCUGACUUGUGGAGAUGCUGUGAGGUUGGUGAAUGGCAGCAGUCGCUGUUCUGGAAGAGUUGAAGUUCUACACAGAGGACAGUGGGGCACAGUGUGUGAUAACAGAUGGGACCUGCAUGAUGCUGAAGUGGUGUGUAGAGAGCUGGGCUGUGGAGAGGCUGUAGAAGCUCUCAAAGGUGCUCAGUUUGGACAGGGCUCAGGAGAAAUCUGGAUGAGUAGUGUGGAGUGUGUGGGUUCUGAGUCGAGAGAUGCAGUGGUUGUAUGUCGAGAACUGGACUGUGGGGCUCCUGUAGAGGUGUUGGGAGCAGCUGCAUUUGGAGAGGGAGAGGGCCAGGUGUGGUCAGAGGAGAUCCAGUGUGGAGGCAACGAGACUCAAGUUCAAUUCUGCCCAACAUCUCCUGUGAACCACAACUGCUCACAUAAGAAUGAUAUAGGACUGAUCUGCAGAGGUACAAAUUACACUGUGAGGUUGGUGAAUGGUAGCAGUCGCUGUUCUGGAAGAGUUGAAGUUCUACACAGAGGACAGUGGGGCACAGUGUGUGAUAACGGAUGGGACCUGCGUGAUGCUGCAGUGGUGUGUAGAGAGCUGGGCUGUGGAGAGGCUGUAGAAGCUCUCAAAGGUGCUCAGUUUGGACAGGGCUCAGGAGAAAUUUGGAUGAGUGAUGUUCAGUGUGUGGGGUCUGAGUCCAGAGUAAAGGACUGCAAGUCACAGAGAUGGGGUGCAAAAAGCUGUAGUCAUCAUCAGGAUGCAGGAGUCAUCUGCUCAGGAGUCCAACUGGUGGGCCGUUCUCACUGCUCUGGGAGAGUGGAGCUGCUUCAUAAGGAGACCAGACACACUGUAUGCAGUACCACAUUUGACCAGCAGGAUGCAGAGGUUGUGUGUCGACAGCUGGGCUGUGGGGCUCCUGUAGCGGUGCUGGGAGCAGCUGCAUUUGGAGAGGGAGAGGGACAGGUGUGGUCAGAGGAGAUCCAGUGUGGGGGCAACGAGACUGAGAUGCACCUCUGCCCAACAUCUCCUAUGAACCACAACUGCUCUCACAAGCACGAUGUUGGAUUGGUUUGUACAGAUCCUGUUAAGUUGGUAGAUGGUGGCAGUCGAUGCUCUGGGAGAGUAGAGGUUUACCAUGAAGGAGAGUGGGGCACAGUGUGUGGUGUGUCUUGGGACAUGGUUGAUACUGCAGUGGUUUGCAAGGAGCUGGGAUGUGGGGUUGCUGUAGAUUUCUCCUCAGAUGCUCACUUUGGACAGGGAGCAGGGAGAGUCUUGAUGGCUGAGGUUGACUGUGUGGGGUGGGACACCCGAUUAAAGUCCUGUUCUCGUAAGAGAUUGGGUGAACAUACAUGCCAGCCUCAAAACAAUGUUGGAGUUACCUGCUCAGAACACAGAGCUCCCAGGCUAGUGAAUGGUUCCCACCAGUGCUCUGGGAGAGUGGAGGUGGAAUAUGGGAUCAGCAGGGGAACAGUGUGCAACACCACAUUUGACUGGCAGGAUGCAGAGGUUGUGUGUCGACAGCUGGGCUGUGGGGCUCCUGUAGAGGUGUUGGGAGCAGCUGCAUUUGGAGAGGGAGAGGGCCAGGUGUGGUCAGAGGAGAUCCAGUGUGGAGGCAACGAGACUCAGAUUCAACUCUGCCCAACAUCUCCUAUCAACUACAACUGCUCACAUGAUAGGGAUGUAGGAUUAGUUUGUUCUGGAUACACUGAAACCAGACUGGCCAAUGGCAGUGACUCCUGCUCAGGCCGAGUGGAGCUCAAGUACCUCAGAGAGUGGGGCACAGUGUGUGAUGCAUCCUGGGAUAUGAGGGCCUUCAGUGUGCUCUGCCACCAGUUGAAGUGUGGGAGUGCUGUGGCUGUUGUAGGGGCAGAGCGGUUUGGUGAGGGGAGUGGAAACAUCUGGCCUGAUGUGUUUGUGUGUGAGGGGAAUGAAACUGGCCUCUCAAGAUGUGGAAUCUCCUCGUGGCGUCGAGCUGCAUGCUCCCAUAGACAGGAUGCUGGAGUGAUCUGCUCAGGUUCCUCCCUCUCCCAAUACAAUGGGACGGUGCGCUUGUCUGGAGAGAGGCGAUGUGAGGGAGCGGUGGAGGUUUACGUCAGUCAGAGGUGGAGGAGAGUUCUGCUGGACUCCUGGAGUCAGUCUGUAGCCUCCGUGGUGUGCAGACAGCUGGCCUGCGGUUCUGCUGUUAGGUUCUUUGGUUCUACUGACACAGAGGGCCCUCGGCCAGUCAGGUUGACAGGAUCUGGAGGAGACUGUGCUGGCAGGCUGGAGGUUCUCCACAACGGCUCGUGGGGGACUGUGUGUGACGACUCCUGGGACAUGCAGGACGCCCAGGUAGUGUGCAGACACCUGCAGUGUGGCACAGCCCUCAGUGCUGAGGUCCCUGCAUCUGUUCCCCCAGGAGAUCUGCCCAUCUGGCUGAGCGAGGUGAACUGCACAGGAGACGAGACGAGCCUGUGGGAGUGUCCCCCAGCAGAGUGGGGGCGGCACGACUGCUCACACAAAGAGGAUGUGCGGGUCAUGUGCUCAGGGUUCAUUCAGCUGAAACAAACCACAGACAGUCGUGGGCCAUGCAAAGGUGUAAUAGAUGUCUAUUACAAUGGCACCUGGAGAAACAUAUGUUUCAAUGGCAUGGACAGAAACACAGGCUCUGUGAUUUGCCGAACUGGAACAAACACUCGUAUCAUACACAAAGAGUCAGUUAAGGAAUGUCCAGGGUCUCCAGAGCUGAGGCUGGUGGGGGGUCCCACUCGCUGCUCAGGGAGGGUGGAGGUGCUCCAGCAGGGAGAGUGGGGGACGGUGUGUGACGACUCCUGGGACAAGAGGGACGCCCAGGUGGUCUGCAGGCAGCUGGACUGUGGGGAGCCUGUGCGUGAAGGGGGGGAGCAGGGCUCAUUUGGAAAGGGGAACGGCCCCAUCUGGCUGGACGAGGUGAACUGCACAGGCCAUGAGCACCACCUGUGGGAGUGCUGCCGCGCCCCUCUGAAUCAGAGUGACUGCAUCCAUAAGGAGGACGCCUGGGUCACCUGCACAGAGCCUUCCACCACCCCUCCUCCAGUCACCUCUGUGAGGACCACCACCCCUCCAUGUGAGCCUGCAGGGCUUCCUGUCUCUCCCGCGGCUGCAGCCACUCUGGGGCUCCUGCUCCUGCUGCUGCUGGGCUCACUGGCGGUGCUGAUGGGGCAGAACAGGGCACUGAGGAGAGCUCUCUCCAAAAGGCAGCACGUGGAGCUGAGUGAAGCUGUCUAUGCGGAGCUGGACCACAGACUGAUCACAACCGGUUCCUCCAGAGGUCAUCAUAGAGCACGCAUCCAAUCUGACGCUGGAAAUUCCUGGUAUGAAAACGUGCAGGAGGAUGAAAGGAGACCCAUCUCAGAUGCUUCUCUGAGAGAGCCAACGGUGGAAUACUAUGAUGAUGUCGCUGCUGAUGACAACGACACCAACCACGAUGAUUUAUUGACAGGAGAGACGAAGAGAGAGGAGUACGAUGAUGUGGAUGACGUCACGAGUGUGGAGAAGUCAUCUGAGGUGACUGAUUACAUAGAGAACACAGGAUAUGAUGACGUGGGAGACAGUGAUGAGGGACUCAUAUCAGAGUCUUUGAGAGAGGAGGGGCUGGAGGAUUAUGAUGACAUCACCACUGAUGAGAAUGCCUCUAAACUGACCAAGGAUGACCUUCAAAUGACAUCAGGUGUUGCAGGGAUGAUGACAGCAGACCAAGAUGAAGAGUAUGGUGACAUCAUGACUGGUGCUGUGAGGUUGGUGAAUGGAGGCAGUCGAUGCUCUGGGAGGGUGGAGGUUUAUCAUGCAGGAGAGUGGGGCACCGUGUGUGAUGAUGGGUGGGAUAUGACUAAUGCUGAAGUGGUGUGUAGAGAGAUGGACUGUGGUGAUGCUGUAAAGGCUCUGAGUAGAGCUCACUUUGGACAGGGAUCAGGGACCAUCUGGAUGGCUUGGGUGAGCUGUGAGGGAUCAGAGUCCACACUGAAGAACUGUGGCCACCCGGGGUGGGGUACACACGGCUGUGGACAUAGUGAAGAUGCUGGAGUCAUCUGUUCAGUGUGA